CCCCGGCCCGCCCGCCCCGCCCUGACAAAUCCUCCUGUAAAACUCAUUAUUCUCUCCCUACAAAUCCGAGGUCUUCCUCUUCUUCCACUCUACAAAUCCGAAUUUCUCUCUCCCUCCUCUCUCUUCUCCCAGUUCAAAUUUGAUAUCUCUCUCUCUCUCCUUUGUUUUGUUGCUCCUCCCUUCUCUCUCAAUAAAUCCGAUUCUCCCUCCCCUUUCACUUUCUCCCAUUUCAGCUUUGAUCUCUCUCUGAUUCCUUCACUUUCUCCCCAUUUCAGCUUUCAUCUUUCUCUCUCUCUAUCUAUUUAUCUAUUUAUCUAUCUAUCUAUCUAUCUAUCUAUCUAAAUCCAUAUUCCUCGACAAUCCGAAUUUCAUCGAAGCUCAGCAUUUUUUCUGGAGUUGGAACUCAAGCAAUGGCUUUCCUCAAGCGUUUCGCUGUGAUUUCGGUUGCUGUUGCGGCUUUUGUGGUUUACAAAACAAUCAAUAAGGAAUAUGGUUUUGACAAGGAUUCGAUUCUGCAUAGUUUUCGUGGACUCUCUGAAAAAUUAGGGCUUUGGGCCAUGCCUUUCUAUGUCCUCCUUCACACAGUUACCCUAGCUUUGUGCUUGCCCUAUGCAGUGUUCUUCGAAGCUGGGGCUGCUCUCUUAUUUGGAUUUGUACCCGCUGUUCUCUGUGUUUUCGCAGCUAAGGUUCUUGGGGCUUCGCUCUCUUUCUGGAUUGGAAGGACUGUCUUUAGAAGCUCAACCUCUGCAAUGGACUGGGCUCGUAGUAGCAAAUACUUCCAUCUUCUCACUAAUGGGGUAGCUCAAGAUGGGUGGAGAUUUGUCCUCCUCGCUCGCUUUUCACCGAUUCCUUCAUAUGUUAUCAGUUAUGCAUUGGCAGCCACUAAUGUUCGUUUCUUUAUUGAUUUCCUCUUACCCACCAUUAUGGGCUGCCUGCCAAUGAUCUUACAAAACACAUCAAUAGGCAGCCUGGCCAAUGUAGCGAUAGGUACCACCAUCACUUCUCAAAAGUCUCGGGUAUUAUCUUACAUGUUACCCCUACUAGGAAUUGGAUCGAGCAUUCUAAUUUCCCUCAAGGUCAAGAAGUAUGCGUCUGAAAUUUCACUGGUUGAUGAGCAUCCGGCUUCAAAAGGUGCUAGAACCAUCGAUAGUAAUUCUUGUGAUUUAUCUCAAAAUUCUGUAAAAUCAGGUGAGAUUCACUAAGGAAAGGGCACUAAUUUUGCCUAACUCUUCCUUCUUUUUUUUUUUUUAGAAAUUUAGAGAUUUGUGGACUAUCUGAAAUUUUGGCCUGAAAUGGCAGCCACUUCAAGUUCAAGUUCAAGUCAAACAUACCGAUUCUCUUAUGGAAUGCAACAAGA